ACACUUUACCGUUUUGUUUCCUGCACAUAGUAGAGUACGGCGGAGUGAAAUGCCUUGACUAGUUAUGGUAAGCUUGACGAGUCACUGGUGUGGUGGCUUGCAUGCAGAAGUCUAGCCAAGGAUCCGAUUUAAAUCCCACACAGUUGCGCUAGGAUGCAGCAGUACGUACACCUCUAGCUCGUCCUUCCUUUAAGGCGUGGUGGGGCGGGUCGGUUUCUAUGAUUCAUGUGAUGUCGUUGACAGAAAGAGAAAGCAAGCAUUGCAUGUAGAUCGACUGGAGCUACAGAAAGUGAAAGUAAAUCAUCAGCGUCAGAGAGCUAUAGAGUUAGACGAUAGAUAGCAAGUGAAAAGGAGCUCACUCCCCUUCAUCAUCUCUCUCCUAUAUAUACGGAGAGAGAGAGAGAGAGAGAGUGAGAGAUCAUCAGACAGUGUGCUGCCAGAAGCCAGCUGCAGACACGAGCGAGAAAGACGAUCGAGCUGCCAAAAGGAGAAGAGAUCAAAGAAGGUGGUCGGUCGAUCAUGGGGAGGCCGCCGUGCUGCGACAAGGUGGGCGUGAAGAAGGGGCCGUGGACGCCGGAGGAGGACAUCAUCCUGGUGUCCUACAUCCAGGAGAACGGCCCGGGGAACUGGCGGGCGGUGCCCAUCAACACCGGCCUCAUGCGCUGCAGCAAGAGCUGCCGCCUCCGCUGGACCAACUACCUCCGCCCCGGCAUCCGCCGCGGCAACUUCACUACGCACGAGGAAGGCAUCAUCGUCCACCUCCAGUCCCUCCUUGGCAACAGAUGGGCCGCGAUCGCGUCCUACCUGCCACAGAGGACGGACAACGACAUCAAGAACUACUGGAACACGCACCUCAAGAAGAAGCUCAAGAAGCAGCAGGCCAUGGGCGCCAUCUUCGCGCCGCCGCCGCCGCCGCCCUCCAGCUCCGCCGAGACAGCUGCCAACCUCCCCGGCGCCGUCCAUCUCGACAACCACCACCACCGAUACCACCAUGACGCGAUCGCCGCCUCCAGCUCCACGGUCGACCACGGCUGCUACGCGGCGUGCAGCAACCCGGAGGUCACCCAGCAGACGACGAUCACCAUGCGCCGCUCGCCAUUCGCCGACGUCGCCGCCGACUGCUCCUCGUCGUCCUACGCCUCCAGCAUGGACAACAUAUCCAGGCUCCUCGACGGUUUCAUGAAGAGCUCCCCGCCCACCGCCACCGACGUCAAACCCAACAUAGCCGUGGUCAGCGACCCUUUCAUGUCCUUCGACCGCAUGUCUGGCACCGGCGCCGGGCUGGCUUUCAUCUCUGGCGUUCCGCAGCAGCAGCAGCAGCAGCCGGCGUUAAUGGGGGGCAUGAGCUAUGAUGACGAGGCCACCGGACAGCAGCAGCAGCUCCAUCAUCAGUUGCCACUGUGUUCGAUCGAGAAGUGGCUUCUCGACGAGGCGGCGGAGCAGGUCGCUGACCUGAUGGACCUCUCCGACGGUGGCUGCUCCUCCCUGCCAUUGCUGUACUAGCCAGUACUACUGUGGUACUAGCUGGAAAAGGCAAACCAACGAACCAAUGUCACUUUCCAGAUACAUAGUUAAUCGUUUCUACAGUCAUUUACAUGCAUACACAUCCAUAUAUAUAUAUAAUAGAGAGGCCAAGUAAUCUGUUAAUUACAUGUUCUAGCUUAGCUUCUUGGAGAUCGCUAUGAUGACACCAUCAAGUUAACUAGAGAGAGAGAAAAGGAAGUUAAUUAUAGAGACGUUUACUAAUGGUGCAUAUUACACUGGGGAUGGGAUGAUGAGAAGAAGGCCAGGUGGCCAGAAGGAACAAGACAGUAACAGGAAUUCAAUAACGGGCGCGACGUGAUGUGUGAUCUGAUCUGCAAGCAUGAUGCGACUAAGGGCUGUCAUGUCUGUUCUUGAAUGUAGUUUUUUGUGGGGAAAUUUAUUUUUGUUUCUGGGUUAUAGUGCAAGCUAGCUGAAGUGUUCCAGCUUAGCUUACCCGGUGUUGAAUUGUACGGAGUAUGAAUAUAAGUUAGUGAAGCCUUCUGUUUUUGUCUCGAUUCUAGUUGAUUGAUUCUGCAA